AAUGGUGUGAGGCUCAAGAAUUGUUACUGGCAAGGAAGUUUAAUCAUGUAAAGUGAAGGCAUUGGGCAAGUGAACAUUUUAAGUACCUUACAAGUCCUCUGUUAGAAGGUCCACUAGGAGCAGGGGAAGGCAGAAGAGAGUUUGUUUUCCUUUCAGGGCCACACCUAGAUGGAUUUGUUUAUACUCAGAGAAGCAGUUGGGCCUCCGGUACAGGGACUCAAACCUGUUUGGAUUUUUGAAUUCAAUAUUUUCUUAUCCGGUUUGUCUUCCCCAAGGGCGAGAAGUGCCAGUCUCGCAUUCCAAAGCCCUUAGGGAGCCGGAACGAUGUAGGUUGGGCAGGAUCCAGAUUAGCUAAUCCUGCUGGUUGCAGCUGCGGGAUCCGCUGUGGGCCAGUCAGAGCCUAAACCUGUGCCCGCGGGCAUUCUGCCCUAGAAUCCGGACUGCUAGUGCUACGGGGCAAGAGGAAAUGGAUCGCUGGAUUCAGAGCUAGAAGGUUCUUUAGGGAUCACAUCCAUUCCAAUGCCUUCCACUUACAGAUGGGGAAGUUGAGUCUCAGAGAAGAGAAAGGACUUGCCAAUGCCAUAAUGCCAAGUGAUAGUAGAACCCGGAUUUGGAAUUCCGACUCCAGAUCCUGGGCGCUAGGCAUUCGUUCCUACAGCACAGGUCCCCUAUGGUCAGAGAUGCGGAGCCGAGAGCUGGACGUCUGUCCAAUGUGAGGCCCGAGGAUUGGGGCUGGUUGGGCAGGGGCGGGCCCCGGUAUUUUGCCCCCUCCCUCCGCCACUCCUCUCCUAGCUGCUAGGGGGCCAGAACUGGGACCGGGGCCGGCCGACGUGGCGUGGGCGCAGCCGGGGAUCGUGCAGGGAGGAGAGCUCAGAAAGUUUGCGGAGAGGCUGCGGGGCCGUACCGAGGGAUGCGCUCCGCUCUUCCUGCAGCCCCCGACCAAGUCGGGUCUCCGGGCACUGCCGAACCCGGCUAGCCAUGGGCCUGCGAUCUCCUGUCCUGCUGUUGUGUGCCUCUGUCUCCUUGCUGGGAGGACUGACUUUCGGCUAUGAGCUGGCCAUCAUCUCUGGGGCACUGCUGCAGCUGCAGUUGGAUUUUGGGCUCAGCUGCUUUGAGCAGGAGGUCCUGGUGGGGACCCUGCUCCUCGGGGCUCUCCUCGCCUCCUUAGUUGGAGGGUUCCUUAUCGACCGCUACGGGAGGAAGAAGGCCAUCUUACUGAGUAAUCUUGCGUUGCUUGCUGGAAGCCUGAGCCUGAGCCUGGCAGGAUCGCUGCCAUGGCUGGCCGUGGGCCGAGGCACGGUGGGCUUUGCCAUCUCUCUGUCUUCCAUGGCCUGCUGCAUCUACGUCUCAGAACUGGUGGGACCGCGGCACCGGGGGGUGCUGGUGUCCCUGUAUGAAGUGGGCAUCACUGUGGGCAUCCUGUUCUCCUAUGCUCUCAACUAUGCGCUUGCGGACACAGCGCAGGGCUGGCGGCACAUGUUCGGCUGGGCAGCUGCCCCGGCCCUCAUGCAGUCCCUCAGCCUGGUGUUCCUCUCCCCCAGUCUGGUGCCGCAAUUCAAGUCUGAAUCGGAGACCCACAAGGGCCUCAUCCCGCUCCGAGGCCUUGAAGAAGCAGAAGAAGCCGCAGCCAGUCUCAGCAGGAAGAGAGAGUACUCUUUCUUCAGCCUAUUUAGGGCCAAAGCUAACAUGCGGGGCCGGACGGCUGUGGGCCUGGGCCUGGUGCUUGUCCAGCAGCUCACUGGCCAGCCCAAUGUGCUCUGCUACGCAUCUACCAUAUUCCACUCUGUGGGGUUUCGAGGGGGUUCUUCAGCCACCCUGGCAUCUGUGGGACUGGGAGGGGUGAAAGUAGCCGCCACCCUGGUGGCUAUGGGACUGGUGGACCGUGCUGGGAGGAGGGUGCUGCUGAUGGCCGGCUGUGCUGUCAUGGCCGUCUCAGUCAGUGGCAUUGGGCUAGUUGGCUUUACUGUGUCAAUGGACCCCAUCCAAGGCUGCCACCCACCUGCUGGGGUGCUUAAUACCACCUCUGCCUCCAGGCUUCCUGCCUUCCAGGUGGACCCCAGUCUACCUCCUCUCCAGGGCACCGGUGGGAACCCAGGGAGUUCAGGCUUUGCCAGUACAAGAUUGACUUCCCUAAAGAUGGACACAUCUGGUUCCAAAGCCAGAGGGACAGUGGCUAAUUCCUCAGGGGCUCAGGAGACGAUUCCUCCAACUUAUAUACCGGCAUAUGGCACCAGUAACCUGGUUACUGGCUUCUCGACCAGUGAGCACUGGGUCUUAAACUGGAUCGCCUUACUCUGCAUGAUGGCAUUCGUGAGCGCCUUUUCUUUUGGAUUUGGACCAAUCACCUGGCUGGUUCUCAGUGAGAUCUAUCCAGCUGAAAUCCGAGGACGGGCAUUUGCCUUCUGCAAUAGUUUUAACUGGGCUGCCAACUUGUUGAUCAGUCUCUCCUUCCUUGAUCUGAUUGGAGCGAUUGGCUUGUCCUGGACCUUCCUGCUGUAUGGGCUGAUGGCUGUGAUUGGCCUAGGUUUCAUUUAUUUAUUUGUCCCUGAAACCAAAGGCCAGUCACUAGCAGAGAUAGACCAACAGUUCCAGAGAAGACGGUUCUCUCCUGGGAAACUGAUCAGCAGCCAUCUGGGCCAAGGACCCAGCUCAGCUUGGGCUCAGUACAGCCUGGUAGAUACAGCUACUGCCUCCUGAGACACUGCAGCUUCAUGGAAGGAAGGACACAGAUCCGACAUAACUAGCAGUUGGGAUCACUGCAGCCACUGAAUAUUUUCAUCUUUCUCUGAUAAGAAAUCAUUGUGUCCCACAAUGGAGAGGACUCAAUUUCAAUUUUUUGUGUGAUAAGAGAGAAAAGGCCAAAUUGUGACUGAUUAUUUCCUCUCCCUACCCCAAAUUCCCUCUCUUCUUGAUGACAAUCAUAAAAUCCUGAAUCUUUGGUCUCAGUUUCAGGCUGACUGAUGGCAGAUGGUGAGAACCAAACUCCCUGAUGUGCUCUGCCUUAACUUCUCCCUUUGGGCUUUUAUAAUAGGGUAUUUAAUGUGAAAUAUAAUAUUAAAAUCACAGUUCAUAAAAUAUUUCAAUUUUCAAAACUUUUUACUCUCUCUUACUAUUACUGUGAGAGUUAGUUGCAAAGUCUUCCUAUAAUAACAAAGAAGAACCAACUCAAACUUUAUGAUCUGAGUAUUGAGUUGGGAAGGAGUCAGGAAGACUUGAUUUCAGAUUCUGCCUCGGACUCUUACUUGCUAUGUGACUUUUGAUUAAAUGGUUUAACUUCUAUCUGCCUUAGUUCCUUCAUCUGCAAAAUAGGGAUAAAGGAUAUUCCCAAGGUUGUGAUAAAAUGAAAAACUUUUUUUUUGUUUUCCUGGAUGAACCUUUUGUUUAAGGUUUUAUGUGUACAUUCAUUUUUUACAUUUUUCCAUAUGAGUCAUGUUGGGAGAGGAAAAUCAGAACAUGAAAAAAACAACAACAACAAAAAAAACAAAAGGUGAAAAUAGUAUGUAUUGAUCCAUAUUACGUUCUCCCUUUGGAUGUGCAUGGCAUUUUCCAUCUCAAAUUUAUUGGAAUUGCUUUGUAUCACUAAGAACCAGUUCUCUCCUAGUUGAUAAUAACAUAAUCACUGUGUACAGCAUUCUCUUAGUUCUGCUUGUUUCACUCAGCAUCGGUUUGUGUAAAUCUUUCCAGACUUUUAUAAAAUCACCAAUUUUUUAAUAAAACAAUAAUAUUCCGUUACUUAAAACAGAUAUUUAUAAGAUGCUACAUAAAUACUAGUCAUUAUUAUUAUUACAUUACUGUUAUUAUCAUAUCUCAGGAUACAAAUUCCAGUCCUAACUGAGCUACAACUAGUUGUGUCACCCUGAACAAAUCAGCUACCAUUUCUGAACCUCAAUUUUCUCAUCUAUAAAACGAGUUGGAGUAAAUAAUAUCCAAGGUCCCUUUUGGCCUUAUAUUCUAUAAUAAUAUGAAGUUUGUUGGUUUUUCUCCCCAUCUUUUAGUUGGUUUUUGUUUGGUUUUCUUUUCUUAAACAUUAAAUAAUGAAUGAAGCUGUAAUUGGCAAAGA